AUCGACUUCGGCAACGUGCGCGUCCCCGCCCGCCUCGACUACCCCCGCCCGCAGAAGAUCGACGCCCUCCCGACCUUCGAGCACGGCGUCUCCUCCGACAGGAUCGUGGUCGUCGACGCUCAGACCUUCCUCAUCCCCAACUUCAGUUAUGAUGGACAGGCCCCUGACGGCCACUUCUGGGUGGGCAAGGGCGCGACGCCGGGCCCCAGCGGCAACAUGGUCCCCGACGAGAACGGGUCCGAGGAGCCCCUGAAGCGCUACUCGGGCAAGACCAUCGUGAUCACCCUCCCCGGCGACCAGACCGUGUUCGACAUCGACCACCUGAGCGUGUGGUGCCGCGCCUUCUUCGCCGACUUCGGCCACGUGCGCGUGCCCAAGAACCUGAACGUGCCGCCCUCGCUCAAGAUGCUCGGCGUCGCCCCGCAGACGAAGCUGAACUGUGAAGUGCUGUGGGACGACUUGGCCUUCGAGGUCCGCUGGGCCGUCGCCGGGGAGUCCAUCGUCAUGCAGCUCGUCGGGAGGAUCGACAACGGGCAGUACAUGGCCUUCGGUCCCUCUGGCUCCCUCACGAGGUCCGUGAUGGUGGGCGGCGAGGUGGUGGCGUGGCUCAACCAGGGGCAGCGGCGAGGGCGUGGCGUCCGACUACUACCUCGGGCGAAGGCACAGUGCCAGGCGGGAGAGGCGCCUGCCCCCGACGACAAGAUCAGGGGCAGCAGCAACAACGUGCGCCUCCUGAACGCGGCGCUCAUCAACGACUUCACGAUGCUGACGUUCCAGCGGCCUCUGCGCGCCGUCGACACCUCCGACACGGGCAUCCUCACCAACGGGUCGCAGGCCGUCAUCUGGGCCGUCGGGCCUGUCAACUCGCGGCACACGUCCUACACUCGCUCAGCUGAGAGAGGCGACAUGUUCAUCGACUUCGGGAGGACGCCCAAGUGGAACUGCCCGCUGCCGGAGGAGCAGGGAGCCGGCGGAGGCCUCGUGUCCGGCCCCGCCACGCCCCCGCCCGCGCCGCCCACCAACAACGCCUGGUAUAUCCCGCCCGUGCCCUGCUACGAGCCCGCCGACGGAGUGUUCUACGCGCAGAUCGGCCCGUCGGGAGGACAGAGCGGCUACAACGCCAUCACCGGCCACGUGGGCUGGGGCGUGGCGUGGUACAUCAACGGCCUCCUGAUUCCCGAGAUCAACGUGGUGCGCGGCAAGACCUACACCUUCGUGGUCGAGGGCGGCUACGACCCCGAGCGACCCGCCCGCUACCACCCGUUCUACAUCACUGACGACCCCGAGGGAGGCUACGAGUUCAAGACGCCGGCUGAGCGAUCGCGCACGCGCGUGUUUGCGGGCGUGGGGCAGGACCGCGACGGCGUGCCGGUGCCCACGGCGUACGGGCGCCUGUGCGAGUGGACCGAGAACCCGAACCAGCCCGCCGACGCCUUCGAGUCCUUCGGCGCCUACCAGAGGACGCUCCAGCUGGACUGCCAGGAGGGGCAGCCCGGGAUCCUGCAGUGGACGCCCGACGCCGCCACGCCCGACACCGUCUUCUACCAGUGCUACACCCACCGCUACCUGGGCUGGAAGAUCAACGUGGUGGACGCGUGCGACUUCGAGCCCCUGCAGGCGGCGGGCACGGCGGGGCAGCCGUGGUGGUGCCAAGCCCGCUGGAAGAUGGCGAGGACAUGGUCGUGGCGGAGUCGGCUCAGGUGUUCACGUCCGACGGCACCCGACUGGCGCCCGAGUCCCUGCCGACGCCGCCCGAGCUCACCACCAGACGCCGCGUCACGGGGGCCUCCAUCACCAACCGCCCGCAGGUGGUGCCCUUCCGAGGCGAGCUUCCGCCCCCCAUCCCGGACAGAGUGCCGCACUUGCCGCAGUUCUCGCCGCAGACGCGACCGCAGAGCCGGAAGACCACGGUGCCGCCGCCGCCGCUGCCGGCCGACCUCUCGCCCGAGAUGAUCCUCCCGCAGCAGCAGGACGACCCGAGAAGGAGAGUCGCCCCCGGCCUGCUCCGCCACCAGGGGCUGUCGGCUGACAUCGGCCAGAACCGAAUCCUGGCCGUGUCCGACUUCCCGACGACUGCCGCGGCCUACGCCCCG